CGUCAGUUUGUUUUUGUUUGCUUAUCAACACCAAUUCAGCUUGCAAGUAUGCAAUCAUUCACGACAAAUAUUGAUCUAUAUUUUUCAGCUUCAUGAUAUAUUGGCCUCGGCCUCCACCACUCACGCCCUUCUCCUGAGUAGUGAGCACCCAACCUUCUACAAAAAGACAACCUAAAAUCAUCCCGCCUUUCUGUGUCAACCAUGGCCUCAGAGUCGGAUUUCCCUAUUCCAGAGACGAAUGUUCUUGCAGUUGCCAGCCAUGUAGGACCUUUGCAUCUCUGCUCGUCUAAGGAAAAUGAAACUGACAUUUGCUGAAGGUUGUAUACGGGUGAGUUGAAUCUUGUAUCCUGGAUCUGGUUUAGAAACUGAGCAGAGAAGAUAUGUCGGAAACACGAUGGCGACAUUCGUUAUGCAGUCCUUGGGCUGUGAGGUAGCCGCUCUGAAUACAGUGCAGUUCAGUAUGCCAUCCCGCAUCCAAACAAAGAGAAGCAAUCAAGUAAUAAAUAUAUAGGCAAUCAUUUGGGUUAUGGUCAAGCAAAAGGCACGCGCGCUACCGCCUCCGAAGUUACAGAUCUCUAUCAGGGCCUCCAGGACUCCUACCUCGAUUCGUUCGAUAUGAUGCUCUCAGGUUAUCUCCCCGGAGCCGCCUCAGUCGAAGCCGUCGGUGCUAUUGCGAGAAGUCUGAAGUUGAAAGCAGUGAUGAACCCGGGUGGUUUCUUUUGGGUGCUAGAUCCGGUGAUGGGCGAUAAUGGGAAACUAUAUGUCGCCGAAGAUGUGGUGCCUGCAUAUAAGAAGUUGAUUAUGGAUGCGGAUCUAAUAUUACCAAAUCAGUUCGAGGCCGAGUAAGUUUUGGGUUCAGGGAUAGGUGAGAGGAAGUGCUGACAAAAGAUGAUAGGACAUUAUCUGGUGUCAAAAUCGUUGAUAUAGAAAGUUUGAAGCUUGCUAUUACCACUUUACACGAACAAUACCGAAUACCUCAUAUUCUUAUAACAUCGAUAUCCCUCCCUACGCCUGGGGCCAGCGAGUUUCUCUCGGUUGUGGGAUCCAGCGCUACCACUUCUUCCAAACCGCGAAUGUUCAGCGUCAGAAUCCCGGCCAUCAACUGUUUCUUCUCUGGAACUGGGGAUAUGUUUGCUGCCUUGAUGCUUGUCCGUUUACGGGAAGCCGUAAACAACGUUCCAGGCCUAAAGGAUGAAGCUUCUUGGGUUUCGAAUGAUGAAGUGACGGCUACCGAAUUGCCGUUAGCGAAGGCUUGCGAGAAGGUUUUGGCUAGUAUGCAUGCUGUGUUGACCAAAACAAAGGAGAGAAGAGACGAGGAAUUGGAAGAUUAUAGGAAGAAGACGGAGACUCUAGGAACUGGCGUUGGAGAUGAAGAUGAAAAGAAGCUGAGAUUGGCAAAGAGUAAGGCUGCAGAGGUUAGACUUGUUAGAAAUGUAAGGGCUCUGAGAGACCCCAUUGUGGAAUUCAUGGCGGAAAAUGUUUAGAAAUUUUUCGAUUUUUAUCUUGGGGCCAAGGGAGACAGGAAGUGAGCUUUUUUGAAAUUUAGUUAAGUAGUGCUGCGUUCGUUCGCACAUGGAGGAGUACUGUAAAUAGGAGGCACUUUGUUGAGUAGAGUCAAAGAAUAAUACAACGAUUCCG